GCACAGCAGCAGACAGCGGACGCACAGCAGCGGACGCACAGCAGCAGACAGACAGCGGAGUUGGUUCGAACAUCUUCGACUUCUCAAACCAAAAACACCUCGACUGCUGCUCCGCUCCACAGAAAUGCCUCGGACUCAUCGCUGUUUUUGGGGGGAUUUACGUUGGAUUUUUAGCGUUUGAUCACUCCGGAAAAAGAUGCCUAAACGUGAAGUGAACAGCGCAGGAGAAAGUGUGCCUUGUUUGGAGCCGAACGGGUCGUGUGCCACAACAUAAAACUCGGAGCGCAUCAAGGCCAGCGGCAGCCUGUAGCACUAGUUAGCUAGCCUGCUAACGCUAGCCUGCUAACGUUACAGGUGUUCAGGCAGCAAAUAACCAAACAUAACUUGUAGCUGUUAGCUAGCUGGCAACAAGCUGAGCUCCCAUGUCGCGACUUAACACUGAACUUAAUGUGCCUAUUAUACGCCUUUUAGCAAACGCAAAGUAGCAAGUAUAACACUUAGCAACAUUGUUAUUAGCCGUUAGCUUGUUAGUUAGCCGCUGUUUACAGCAGCAGCGGGCUAGCCUCACUAGCAUCCAAGCUAGCGAGUUAACUUUAUAGCUACAUGUGCUUAUUUAAUGUUGUAGCUGAUUUUUCGAUGUUUAACCUAACUCGACUCCGGACUUGCAGUUUGGUUUAGUGAUAUUCUUCAUAUUUGCAAGCGAGGCCGUUUGAGUUUUUCCACCGUGCCUGCCCUGGACUGACCCACCCACAAGGACUAUCUCUCCGGGGCCGAUGCUGACAGUUCAGCCCGGAUCACGGCAACGCCAGGAGCCGCUACAGCAAUGCAGCCCCAGCAGAUAUACGACUUUUCAAGUGACGAGAACAGUCACAAAUGGAGAGGCCUAUUCGUGCAAGCUUUACGGAAGGUACAGAAGCAGGUCCACCCGAACCUCACGGCGAAGGAGGACGCCCUGCAGCACAUCGAGGAGCUGAUCCUGCAGCUGCUCAGCAUGCUGUGUGUGGCUCAACCUCGCUCCGUGCAGGACGUGGAGGAACGCGUCCAGAAAACUUUCCCCCACCCGAUAGAUAAGUGGGCGAUUGCCGACGCACAGUCAGCGAUUGAGAAGCGCAAGAGGAGAAACCCGUUACUGCUCCCCGUGGACAAGAUACACCCGCUGCUUAAGGAGGUUCUGGGCUACAAAGUGGACUACCACGUGUCCCUGUACAUCGUGGCCGUGCUCGAGUACAUAUCAGCUGACAUUCUGAAACUGGCGGGAAACUACGUCGGCAACAUUAGGCACUAUGAGAUCAGCCAGCAGGACAUCAAGGUGUCCAUGUGCGCAGACAAGGUGUUGAUGGACAUGUUCGACCAGGAGGAGGACAUCGGCUUGAUGUCUCAGUGCACGGAGGAGCCGUCGUCCUCUGGGGAGCUCACGUAUGACGACCUGGUGCGGCUUGAAAUCGCAGAGGAGCGGCAGUACCUGCGAGAGCUCGACCUCAUCAUCAAAGUGUUCCGCCAGCACUUCCUGUCCAACCCCAAAAUCUUCACGCCUCAGGACGUGGAGGUGAUCUUCAGUAACAUCCUGGACAUCCACGAGCUGACGGUGAAGCUGCUCGGACUCAUCGAGGACGCUGUGGAGAUGACGGCGGACGGCAGCCCUCAUCCGCUGGUGGGCAGCUGCUUUGAAGAUCUAGCAGAGGAGCAGGCGUUCGACCCCUACGAGACUUUGUCUCAGGACAUCCUCAGUAAGGACUUCCACGAGCACUUCAACAACCUGAUGUCACGGUCAACUGCUGGCGUCUACUUCCAGUCGGUUGCAGAAGGCUUCAAAGAAGCGGUGCAGUACGUCCUCCCACAGCUGAUGAUGGUGCCGGUGUACCACUGUAUGCACUACUUUGAGCUCCUGCAGCAACUUCAGGAGCGAAGUCAAGACCAGGAUGACCGGGAAUGUCUGAAGCAGGCGAUCACAGCGCUGCUCAACCUUCAGUGCAGCGUGGAGCGCAUCUAUGCCAAGCACCAGCCUCGCCGUAAACCUGGUGAGCCCAUGUACCGCCUGUACAGCCGGCAGGUUCGUAGCAAACAACUGGCCAUCAAACGCAUGAACGAGAUUCAGAAGAGCAUCGACGGCUGGGAGGGCAAAGACAUCGGUCAGUGCUGCAGCGAGUUCAUCCUGGAGGGUCCGCUUUUACGAGCCGGCGCCAAGCACGAGAGACACAACUUCCUGUUUGACGGCCUGAUGAUAAGUUGCAAGGCCAAUCAGAGCUCGCGGCUCCCGGGUUCGGGCAGCGGGGCGGAGUACCGCCUGAAGGAGAAGUUUGUGCUGAGGAAGAUCCGCAUCGUGGACCGCGAGGACUCCGCUGAGCUGCGGCACGCCUUUGAACUGAUAGGAAAAGAUGAGAACUGUGCUGUUUUCUGCGCACGGACAGCAGAGGAGAAGGCGGCGUGGAUGGCGGGGCUGGUGACUCUGCAGUACCGCUCCACUUUGGAUCGCAUGUUGGACACAGUGCUGCAGCACGAGGAGCAGGCGCAUCCUCUAAGACUGCCCUCCCCGGAGGUUUACCGCUUUGCUGUGCAGGACUCUGAGGAGAAUAUUGUGUUUGAGGACAAAGUGCAGAGCAAAACAGGAAUCCCCAUCAUAAAGGCCGGCACUGUGGUCAAGCUCAUAGAGAGGCUCACCUACCACAUGUAUGCUGAUCCUAACUUUGUGCGCACGUUUCUUACAACAUACCGAUCAUUCUGCAAACCACAGGAGCUUCUCACCCUGCUGAUUGACAGGAUUGAGAUCCCCGAGCCAGAACCGACCGAGGAGGACCGGCAGGCUCUCUGGAACGGUGACCAGCCAAUGGCGGCCGAGCUCCAGAGAUUUCGGAAGGAAUAUGUGCAGCCGGUCCAACUCAGGGUUCUCAACGUUUUCCGUCAGUGGGUUGAACAUCAUUUCUACGAACUUCGAGACGAUCCCGGAGCUGAGGAGUCGAUUAGAGGAAUACUCACACGUCGUGUUCCUCGUUCAGGAAAGUCUAUGAGAAAGUGGGUGGAGUCCAUCAAUAAGAUCAUAAAGAGGAAGCUGCAGACGCAGUCAAACGGCGUGAGCCACAACAUCACCUUCGAGAGCCCGCCGCCGCCCAUCGAGUGGCACAUCUGCAGAGCCGGUCAGCUGGACACCUUCGACCUCAUGACGCUGCAUCCGAUAGAGAUCGCUCGCCAGCUGACUCUGCUGGAGUCGGAGCUCUACAGAGCUGUGCGGCCGUCCGAGCUCGUCGGCAGCGUCUGGACCAAAGAGGACAAAGAGAAGAACUCGCCCAACCUGCUCCGCAUGAUCCGCCACACCACCAACCUCACGCUGUGGUUCGAGAAGUGUAUUGUGGAGACGAUGAACCUGGAGGAGAGGGUGGCCGUGUUGUCUCGCGUCAUAGAGAUUCUGCAGGUUUUCCAGGAGCUCAACAACUUUAACGGCGUGCUGGAGGUCGUCAGCGCCAUCAACUCUGUGCCAGUCUACAGGCUGGACCACACCUUCGAGGCGAUACCGGAGCGGAAAAAGAAAAUCCUGGAAGAAGCUGUGGAGCUGAGCCAGGACCACUUUAAGAAAUACUUGGCAAAACUCAAGUCAAUAAACCCCCCCUGUGUGCCUUUCUUUGGUAUCUAUUUAACCAACAUCCUAAAGACGGAGGAAGGAAACCCAGACUUCCUCAAACGUCACGGCAAAGAGCUCAUCAACUUCAGCAAGAGGAGGAAAGUGGCUGAGAUCACCGGAGAGAUCCAGCAGUACCAGAACCAGCCCUACUGUCUGAAGGUGGAGCACGAGAUCCGGAGGUUCUUCGAGAACCUGAACCCGAUGGACAACAGGAGUGAGAAGGAGUUUGCAGACUACUUGUUCAAAACGUCUCUGGAUAUUGAGCCACGGCACUGCAGGCAGGCUCCUCGAUUUCCCAGGAAGACGAUAUACACUCUGAAGUCUCCGGGGAUCCGGCCCGUGCGACCGUCUACCUCUGGCACCCUGAAGGGCCACCCCGUCCCGCUGGAGAGGGAGCCCCCACAUAAGAUCACCUUCCGGAGCAUCGCAGAGACCGACCCGGAGCUGCCGGCAUCGAUCUCGGUGCCCACCUCCCCGAACACGCCGACCCCCCCACAGUCGGCGUCCUCCGACCUCAGCUCAGUGUUCGUGGAGCACGAAUUCAGCAACUCCUACGGAGGAAGCAACUCCAUAUUUGCUCCUGUUCUUCUGCCGCCUUCAAAGUUCCAGUCGGUGUCUUGCGGCAGCCUCCACCAGCUCGGGGACGAGCUGAUGAAGCCGCCUCCUCUGCCGCCGCGAAGGAAAGACGCAAUUUCUGAAGCCAAACUUGGCUCCAGGUCCGACAGCCCCCCAGCCAUCCCGCCCCGGCUGCCCCCUCCUCUACCCAGGAUCCAGCCUCGACCGCCCGUGGACGGCCCCCUGCCCAGCCCUCCUCCGCCGCCACCCCGCGACCCUCUGCCCGACACGCCUCCCCCGGUGCCCCAGCGGCCCCCGGAGAUCUUCAUCAACUACCCGGUGAACAUGCAGCCCUCCCCCGUGGGCCGAUAUCACUGGGACUUCGGCAGCUCCCCCAGCUCCCCCAACACGCCGCCCAGCACGCCGUCGCCCCGCAUCCCCAGGCGGAGCUGCCCGCUCAGCGCCAGCCAGAACAGCCUCUACCCUCUUCCUGUCCCCAUCACCGCUCCGCCCGUCCCGCCGCGCCACAACUCCAGCCCGCAACUCCCCAAACUCCCACCAAAGACAUACAAAAGGGAGCUGCUGCUGCAGCCGCCGCCGCUGCACGGCCUCUCAUUGGUGGAGAACACCGACAGCAGCCAGUGAGUCUGCCAUCUUUCUUUUUUUAAACACCUAGAGGUGAUCUUGAAAUGCAAACUUCAAACUGUCUCCUGCAAACUACGACACAGUGGACUCCAGGCUACUGAUCCGAAAGAAAAACACUGCUCCGCACUCUUAAAGGAACACGUCCCCUUUAAACGCACCCUCUGUACGUCCGUCACGCCGUCACUGUGACGUCCUGAAGAAAGCUUUGUGCUCUCCCGCCUCCUCGCAGGACGAAGAUGAAGUGAACGGAGUUUGAUUGACAUCUCGUCUGCACCAGAGAUCUGCUCACAGACGUACUCUUCAUCAAAACCGUUCUACGUCUUCUGAUCCUCUGUUCUCGUGGAGGCAGGAGAGAAACUGCUUUCUCCAAGGAUUUAAGGAAACCGAGUAACUGAUGCUCAGAGGGUCAUUUUAGGGGUUUCCUUUAACUCCACCCCCCCAGGUCCUCUGCACCCCCCCCCCUCUCAGGGGAUCAGUAGCUCCGCCUUCAUCAGAAACCCUCUGUGCCAACGAGAAAGCCUCACCGGUGUGCCAGCUAAUAAACAACAACGAGUCGAGUGUCCGUUUGUUCUCACCCCUCACACUCUUCACUUUCCUCCAUGUCCCACUCCCCUGUCGUGGGGGGGGGGGGGGGUGGACGUGGGGGGGCCUUGGACUCUGUAGCCUCAAACGUCGUGCUUCGUUUCUUUGGGCAUUGACUCCUCAGUGACGUCGCUCCGUCACAGCAGCAACUUUCCAUUGACUUUGUUUUCGCUUCAUAAACAAACAGUUGCCAAAGUCUUAUUUUAUGCAGGGGGAUAAGGGAUUUCUUUUUUAAACUAUGAAACGCAGAAAGGAGGCGACACUGAACCCCCCCCCCCCCCCCACCAUGUAUCUCAACUGUACACUGUGACUGUAUAAGACGUGAGGUUGUGUUUUUUUAUCUGCAGCCACAAAACGUUGCCUUUAAAAAAUGAAUCCAACAGCGGUGACCUCUGACCCCGAGAACACUCCAUUUGCACAUCGAGUUUGGGCGAAGGUUUCAGACUUCAUCCCUGAGCGGCGAGCGGCGGAGCGAGGUCGCCACGAUAUCAAACAGCGGGACGAGCUCAACUCUUCGAAAGCUGAUGUCUUAACCGAUCGACGUGCGCUGCUGUCCUCACACUGUGCCCCCCCCCCCCAUGACCAACUCUUCUUCAUUGGUAUUAAACUCAGCACUGCUGGAAGCACGCACGCUGCCCCCCCCCCCCCUCCUCCCCCGCGCAGUAGCUGCUCAAAAUACCUAAAAAUAACCUGAAAGAGGAACUUUUUAACCCACUUUGUUUUUUUCUGCUUAAAAAGAUUUAGUUUGACUUUGGACUGAAACCUGCGUCACGUCUCAGAUGUGCCUUUUUAUUUCCUUUUGUUUUCUACUUUACAGAAAUAAGCAAAUGGUGUCUAAAAAUGCUAAAAAAAAAUAAAAGUUGCCUAUGUAAUGUUUAGAACAAAGUUAUACACUAUGAAAUUGUACAUGUUUGUGGAUACUGUGUAUAUAUAACAUGUAUACACUAACUAAAUAAUUUGUAUAAAGCGACACGUUGUUUUCCUCCCCUGCUGUAUUUUACUCUCCUCCGCAUCUGUUCAGUCUCUUCGCAGAAUAAUCAACGUGCUGCUACAGGCGGAUAAAAUAAACUAAACCCAUAAACCCAGGUCACUGUCACUAACGUACUUACAGACAAUCUCCAGUGGAAGCCCCCCCCAGCUGUUAAAGCAAUGAAAAAGAAGUAUACGUUCAACAUGCCGAGCACUUAGACGUGUGCUUCACUUUGUACAUCCUACUAAUCGCCUUGUUCUCCUUUUCAAAGAUUUUUUAACCCUCAUUAAAGCAGAGUUGGAUAUAAACACACUUUAUUCAGCCGUCUUUGAGCAUCGCGAAGAAUUCUUCUUCUUCUUCUUCUUCUGAGAAACACACUUUGUGCACUUUAGGCUGUACUGUUGAAGAGCCGCAGUUGUUUUAGGUCGUGUUUGUAAACGCAACGGUCCUAUGCAACUGUUCAAACUCGCUUUCUACGUGAGCAAACACACACACACACACACACACCAGAGGACGCCGCCGCACCACCACGAGCGGGAUUUCAGUGAAAUUUCAUCAGAAAAUCACUCGUGCCCUUUUCUUCCUCGUCCUCCUCGUCCUCCUCGCUGCGUGUUGGAAGAUCAAACUACGGAUGAAAGAGUUCUGGAGGAUUUUUAAUGGACAGCUGACGUCGUCUCGUGUUUCCAUCUCCCACGUUCCCCAAAGCCAGUAUUGGUGCGUUAGUUUAGCCAAAUGUGUCUUUGUUUUCCAUGUGUGUUUGUUUUUAACCCCCCCCAGCCCCGACAGAAUGACAGAUGUUCCUCCGGCGGCACUGUAACAGCUUGAUCCAGCAGUCGUUUAUUUGAUGGUAUGUGGCCUUUUAACUGCUUUGUAUUAAUGGUCUUGAUGAGAUUAAUAAAUCACCCAGUCUUAUUUUGUACUGAACUCA